UCAGAGAAGGACACAUAUCGUCAACCAUGAGUAAAAAAGAAGAGAAAGAAGCUGCAAAAACAAUGAAAAGACUCACAGAAAUAUCUUUGGAGUACGAAAGACUAUACAAAACUCUAAUGGAAUCUACGGCUGGACAGCGGGUGUUGGAAUUCGAACCAACUUUACGAAGAGGAUUGAGAGAAAAAGACGAUGAGAUUUUGGCGCUGAACAAAAAGUUGAAGCAGACCUCGAAGGAGCUCGUUGAGACGACGGCUGAAAUUAAGGCAGUCAAGCGCAUCAUUGGCAGCAUGGAAGCUCACCUCAGUAGGUAUACUGGAAAUCGAGACGCCAGCUUCAGACGAGUAUCUCCUGAAGAAAGCAGCCGUGCAACCCUGAGUCGGAGUGAAGCAAUCCAGCUACACUCCCUCAUUCAGGCCUACGAUGAACUUCUCGAUGAUAAAACGCAACACGUCAGAGAUGCCGUACAAAAAUUGGAGAAGGUCCGGGAUGAACAGCUGAAGCUCAAUGAUGAAAACCAACUGCUGAGAACUCAUUUGAAAUCCAUCCAUCUUGAGGAGCACGUAAGAGCUGAGCUGGAGGAGGAGAACAAGAUUCUGCGCAGUAAAGUGUCGGAAUUGCAACCGUUCACUGUGAAAGUACGGGAGCUACAGCAGCAACAAGACGAACUCAAGCAAAAACUGGCAGCCAGCGAUGCACACAUCAAGAGGGCGACGGAAGAUACGCAAGAAUGGAAGCAGAAGUAUCUUGAGUCGGAGAAGCGCCUAGCGACUUCUUAUUCACCACAGCAGCACGACGCAUCGCUCGAUGAAUGCAGGAAGCACCUUGAUCAGUGUAAGGCUCGUCUGCAGGACCAGCAGAAGGAGGCUGCAGAGCUGCAGAGCGCCAUGGAGCUGCAGGCUGAGAAGCUCUCGGCUGCAGAGCAAACUGUCAAGAAGCUAACGCAGUCUCUCAAUGAGAAGGAUAAAUUGGUGAAGCGGCGCACGAGGAAAAUUUCUAAAGGCGAAGCUUUGCAUAAAAUCAUGGAGCGAAAACUCAGCAAACUGAAUGGUCUGUGUAGAACACUAGCCAAUGAACGGGCAGCUCUGCUGAUAGACCUGGAUGCACUUGCUCGUACCAAGAAGAACCUGCAACAAGAGGCGCGCAAGAGCAGCGCUACCAUUGGUACCAUCAACCAGAGACUCGAGAACGACCAUUUAAUAUUGAGAACCCAGAUCGCAGAACUUACGGGUGCCUACUUGCAGGCUCGCAAGGCGCUCAGAACUUCGGUGAAGGAGUCUACGAUGCUCAGGGAGCAGUGCAAGAAAAAAGAUCGAUAUAUCAAUGAUCUGCUUAAUGAAUUCAGAUUUUUAGGUCUGAACGAAGACCGCGGAUCAAGAAGCAGGUACCCGGCAUGAAAAACAAUAUCAUAGUAUCUCAUAUACAAUGUUAUCUUCUAUACAACGGUAUCUCGUAUUUGAUGAUAUGAUGGUAUUUCUUAUACAAUGCUAUCACUUAAACAACGGUAUCUAAUAUACAAUGUUAUCUUCUAUACAACGGCAUCUCCUGUACAAUGGUAUCUCCUUUACAAUCGUAUCUCCUUUACAAUGGUAUCUCCUUUAAAAUGGUAUCUCCUUUACUAUGGUAUCUCCUACACAAUAGAAUUUCCUUUACAAUGGUAUUUUCUAUAUUACGGUAUCUACUAUACAAUGUUAUCUCCCCUACAAUGGUACAUUAUUGUACCAACGAUACAAUGACUGUCACUGUCAACUUGAAGCUCAAGAUACGUCUCGUACGUUUCACUAUAUCCUAGGUUUUGUGCUCAUGUUUCUCUGUCUGAUGGGCCAUGUUUUGGCCUCCAGAUGUUGUUUCUAAAAUGUUUGAUUCGUGUGCAACGUCGAGGUAACCUGCUCGUCGCAGCGUUAACCUGUUAUUUCUGGUUAACCUGUUUUGUGCGUGCGUUGUAUAGAAGGCUUCACUGGCUACACAUAAUACAACCUGAAUGGCAGUGCCAGGUACUCAGACAGCUGUUUAUUAUAUUUAUUAUAAGCAUAUGGUUUGUGAUCAUCUAAAAUAUUGACCAAAGAUGACUCGCUGCUCAAUUACGGAUUUUUUUCUCGAAAAAAUGUGUUCGCUUUGUGAUAGUGCAGAGUAUUUUAUGCAUGAACAACCGCGUUUUGUGCAUAGAAAAUUGCUGAAAACUGAUUUGUUAGUCAUAAAAUAACAUAUAGUACAAAUAUUACUGCCACUGCACCGUGAAUUCGCUCGCGCGAAUAUCGUCAUUGAUUUUACAUUUGUGCUGACAGGUAUGAGUGUGUGAUUUUUACUUAAGUGUGGUUCUGAAUAUUGGUUUACCUGUC